AUGUCCCGGCACAAAGAAAACAAUCCACUGUCGACCAAACAGCGCCCUUCUCUCGCGUCGAUGAUAAAGAAUGUAUCAAGCGAUGACUUCUUCACCGACAGCAUCCUCGAAAAUUCUUCCAUUCCGUCUCCUAGCCCUACCAAGAGCAAUCUGGUCAAACCCCGACGCGCUGUCGGCAUCACCCGCGCCCUUCAGACCGUGAGAGAGUCAAAUCAGAGAUCAAACAAACCUCCAAAUCCUGAGAAUGGGAAUUCAAGAUCAGAUCGACAUCUUCAGCCUGCGCUGUCGAUUUCCAAAAAGAAAAGCCGAAGCCCACUGCGGACAAAUGGCUUGUCAACGCCUCCGCGAUCCAGAUCUAUGACAACGCAGUCCGAAUUCUCGAGCCCUCCAGCUGGAAUGACAGAUGUCUACCAGAGGAUUGCAGAUGAAGAAGACUUGGUUGCUACAGAAAGGGAGCCUGAUAGUGAUGAGGAGGAUUUGGAAAAUGGCCCGCAAGAUACGAUUGAUGUGGACAUCGAUACUCCCGUAAUCGGGGAGCAGGUUGCUGAAAUCCAUGCUCAAAUUCGCCGCGCAUCUCGUCCAGUCAAUCCAGCCCAGCUAUCUGAAGAUGACAUGAAAGAGAAUCACCCACUCGACAAGGCGGAUAUCGUGUCAGACCCUCCAACGCUGGACUAUCUCCACAAUGAGAUGACAGACCGAGUGCUGGCAGCCAAGUUGACGCCUCAUGUUGUAGAUCGGGCAAAAGAUCGGGCGAGACUUGAAAAACUCAGACAGAGUCGCAUACCGAUUGAUUUCAAGAACAGUCCCAAGCUGAACUCUAAAGGGCUCAACGGGCAGACCUACCAACGAAGUACUAUCGGGACGUUAUCUAAAGGACCCAUUACCUUCGACGGCAGAGUCGACGUGGCCAAAGAUGAGCCCAAGAAAACCCCAUCGGAAUCAAGCGCCUCCUCCAGCCCACCAAAACGAGUUACGGCAUUUAGUCGAGCAACAAGACCGAACGUAACACAAACACACAGUUCUCAUGUAUCCGGCAGUGACAGUCCCACUGAAUCUGGAACGGGUGAAAGGGUUGUUGCUUUUAGCAGAGCCACACGCGUGCAGGGUGGCGAAUUAGGGAAUUCCACCGUUCCCUCGGAAGUACCGGGACUUGGUCCAAGAUUGGUGGCAUUCUCGCGUGCGAGUAGACCCUCAAACCAUGCCAGAGCACACAGUGAAGAGCCUGAACAGACUGAAGAUUUCAACGGGGCCAAUAACGACACCCUCACUUCGGUGUUAUCCGAGCCUUUACCGGGUGCUACAUCCCAGACUCUGAAGAAACAAGCAGCCACAGCUUCAUUUCUUGCUAAGUGGCGUCAGCAAACAGCGGAAAGGCGCAGCGAAAAGUCAGAGUCGGUGGCUAGUGAGGAGGCCUCUCCGAUCGACUGGGCCGCAGCUGGGGCCGAUGUCCCCUUGCCAUCAGUUGAGCAAAACCCGACACCUCACAGCACCCCUACACAAUCUCCUUUCCCUUCUAUUCAAAAACAGAGAUCUAUCGACCGAAUUCGCAAGUGGGAAAAUGACUUCACAGGACUUUCAUUUCAAGUCUCUGAUAGCCCGCCCGUCCGAAAUCGACCGAAUCUUAAUGAUUCACUAAGGGAGAGAGAAAUUGAGAAUCUGACAAAGCAAGCGGUCACCACAAACCGACUAGGAGAAAUACAAGAAAAAGAUCCAAAUGUUUUGGUCCGCAAGACCUCCCGAACUUUCGUUCCAGAAGAACGCCAACCGGCGCAAUCGAAAGCAGAGGGGGUGGAACCAGAAGUUUGUUCAGAAGGAAGAGCCGUUCUUGACGAGGACCUACUACCGAAUGCUCCGUUGUCUCUACACAGAUCCUCGACCAAUAGCACUAACAAGUUUACAUCUUCUCCAAAGACGAGUUUGUUAUCUCAAGACUCUCUUGAUCAUUUGCAAAGGUUAGCUCGGGCAGCCAGUGCCACACCAAGGGCAAGUUCUGUGCCUGAAAAACCGACGACAAGCAUCGUCAAUCGGCCUGCUUUGACCAACGCCACCAAAACAACUCUACCUCGUGAUGAUUCUGACAACGGCUCAUCCCCAGAACCUCGAAAGAAAGAGCUGCCCCGUGGAGCCGCUCAAACAGUUGCAGAAACACCGAAGAUCAUUGGUGCCUGGACUGAUACAAUCCUCCCAGACACCGUCAAAACCGUAAGACAACAAGAGAAUACACCUUAUUAUGCAGAAACACCGCAUGUGAAUGCGGGCGGAUGGAUUGAUACCCCAUUGCCAACUGGCAAGCUUUGGCCUUCUGUUCCAAUCCCCACAACAAUUGAGGAAGUCACCGAGGAACUGACCAAUGGUGCAGUCUCUGAGAAAUUUAGUGAAGCAGCUGGCGAGAAACACCAGAUUAUCAGCCAAGAAGUGAUGCGGGGAAUCUCAAAUGGUGAAGAGCGCCUUGAAUUAUUGAAACCCCAAGGGUCAGUAGUACCACUAAGUGCUCUAGCUAAUGUCCUGAAUGAAGCGAAACAAAAGCGAUUGAUAUCGAACGGUGUCACGGAGUACAGAGAUGAUACACUUAAUCUUGGGGAUGCCACCAUACAGUCUUUCGAAGAACUCCUCAAUAACGCCGAGGAUAUCACAGCAGAUAUUUCGGGUCUGAUCAAAGCUGGUGCUGAGGAAGAAUUUUUGCGGCAAAGACAAAUGACAAGUGAACAUGAAGGAGAAGCCAACAAUAGCGAAGUCAUGUUUAUCGGUCAUUUGACGUCAAGAAUGGAACGGCUAAUGUCAAAUCUCCAUGAAGCGAGAAAAGGCAUUUCCCGACUGGAGCAGAAAGUAGCACAUUCUCCUACGUUGGAUGAGCCACAAGCUCUUACUCAUACCAUUCCAACCGACCCCGAUCAACCGUGCGAAAUCUGUGGUCGCACAACGACCUCUCACACUCACUCUUAUCCGAAUCUCAACUCCUGGUUACCGAUGACGUAUUCCAUUAUCACGCUGCCGAUUCCUCUCCUUUUCUAUCCUCUCCGCAAAGGAGAACGCGGAAUACUACGUCGCCCUACCUGGCUCGGCUGGCUAACGAUCACCGUAUGGACAUGGUAUCUGAUUGAAUGUGUAAUGUGCGAGAUUUAUGCACGCCCACUCUAUGCAGAGCAUUAUGUCUGGCCCGCAGAGCCGGAGCCCGAAUUUCCUUUGGUUCUUCCGACAAUGGUUUUUCGAUGGACACAUUUCGACCAGCUCGCUCCAGGCCUUUGGAGAAUUCUUGUUGCACUUUAUCGGGUGAUUGGCAUGAUUCUGGGGUUUACUGAUGGCUUUGUGGGAGAUUCAAGACCGACGCCCUCGUCCACUACCAUUACAACCGAGGCAGCAACACAGGCCACGAGAGCAGCGUGGAACAUCAUACAGGACCUGCUCCCAGGUGCUGGCUAUGGAGCAGCGCCGGGUUUGAGUAUGACGAAUGAUGAGUAUCUAUGA